GUACUGAUUUUUAACCGAGCAGUGUCACGACCAUAUCAUACAGCGAGAAAAGCGGGAUUGUACUGCGUUUAAGCGGUUUCUGCGAGAGGAUACGAAACAGCCGCUUCUCGUUUGUGAACAUCUGGGCAGAGAUGUAACAGUUUCCCGGCAUUGGCGUUGUGUUUUUGUUGCUUUUGUUGCAAUUUGUUGUGGGGACCUCCCUAAAGCCUCAACUCAGGAACUCUGACAUUCCCUGUCUUGGCAGCUACACUGUUUUCCUUUUGCCGCAUGUGCAGAAAAUGGCAACUGCUCUCAGUGGACGCCCACCUAACAAUCGGAAAGGCCGUAUUUUAGGCAUUAUUGACGCCAUCCAGGACGCUGUCGGACCCCCAAAGCAAGCGGCCGCGGACCGCCGGACCGUAGAGAAGACAUGGAAACUCAUGGACAAAGUGGUGAGGUUAUGUCAGAACCCCAGACUACAGCUGAAGAACAGUCCUCCAUACAUCCUGGAUAUUUUACCCGACACAUACCAGCACCUUCGACUGAUUUUGUGCAAAUACGAGGAGAACCAGAGACUCACCCAGCUGAGCGAGAAUGACUAUUUCAAAGUGUACAUCGACAGCCUGAUGAAGAAAUCCAAAAGAGCAAUUCGCCUCUUUAAGGAAGCCAAAGAGAGAAUGUACGAAGAGCAGUCACAAGACAGACGAAACCUCACCAAACUUUCCCUGAUUUUCAGUCACAUGUUGGCCGAAAUAAAAGCUAUUUUUCCUGGUGGACAGUUCCAAGGAGACACAUUUCGCAUCACCAAGGCCGACGCUGCAGAAUUUUGGAGAAGGUCAUUUGGAGAAAAGUAAGUUUCGUCCCUUUUU